AUGCCUACCACCAACAGAAUCAUUUCGGAGACAAGGAAGCCAGAAAAAGCAGAGAAGAUCCCAGUGUAUGAGCCAAAUAUCCCUGAACCCAAAUGGAGAGCUGAUCUUAUCAAAUAUUGGAUUAACUUGUCUCUGGAUGACAAAACAGCCAAUAAAAUGCUGUGGAUCACAGAAGGUGGUGCCAAAGUGGCCAGAAUGACUGAUAACAUCACUUGUCCUGUCUUGGACAGACCAGAGCGAUAUGAGUACGCUCCACAGGUUCUUUGCAAAGAGGGAAUCCUGGGAAGCCGGGGCUACUGGGAAGUGGAGUAUUCAGGAUGGGUUGUGAUUGGAGUCGCAUACGAAGGAGCUGGAAGAAGGAACAAGGAUGGAGCCUGUGGCCUGGGAGAAAACGAGGAGUCCUGGGGUCUCGGCUGGAGUGGUUCCAGCUAUCAUGCCUGGCACAAAGGUCACAGUACACAGAUUGUGGAGAUUCCCAGGUGCUCCACAAUAGGUGUAUAUGUUGACCAGCCUGCUGGUGUCAUUAAUUUUUAUGCUGUGGAGGAUGUGAUUGAGGGAGGAGAAUGCAAUGGGAAAAAGGAGGUUAAACUUUUGAAGCAGUUUAAGAGCUCCUUUAAGGAGAAAAUGAUGCCAGGUUUCUGGGUAGGAACAAACUCUGACUGUGUUAUCAAAAAGAAGGAGGAAUAA